GGGAUUCUGAGUUUCGCGCCAAGAGCAGCAGCUUCUUGCUCUGUGUGUUAUUAAUGAAUUUAUUUUUAAUAAUAGACUAUAGAGAUUAUUACGCCUUGUUAUAGCCUAUAUUGUUCACGCAGUAAAAAUGAUACGUCGGCAGAGUAACAGCAGUCAAGGCAACGGGACAAGAUGAGAAAAGGACUUUUCUCGGUCUCAGAGGACUCUGUCUAUAAUAACGCGGCAGUUCCGAGAAUAGUUCCAGCAGGCGGACCUUCAGCCCUUCCUGAGCAUGUCCGGUUCGCCGAACCGACAGACAGGCUGGCGUGCGCCACACUCCCCCGGACUCGCAACAUCAGGGUCAUGGCAGAAACGUAAGCGCGAACGAGCCUAGGCAAAGAGAAGGCUGGAGCUGGAGGUCAGUUAUUCUCAGGACCCUCAGGAUGGUGGCAGGCCUGCCAAAGCCAUGUCCUCUCUGUUCCACACAGAAGAAAAGCCUCCUGCCCCCCAUCCCGUAACAUACACUUCCACACUAAAGAGGUCACGUGAUGACACCUCGCUGAGUUUCCUGACGCGGAGGUUUGCAGAGCUGCUGAGCCGCUCAGCAGACGGGGUGUUGGACCUAAACGUAGUCUCCCAGGAGCUCAGUGCCCCUAAGAGACGUGUCUAUGAUGUCACAAACGUCCUUGAGGGGAUCCAGCUCAUCAAAAAGAAGUCUAAAAACAACAUUCAGUGGUUGGGUGCCCGAGUGAAUCUACAAAUUCAUGAAGAGCUGAGGGCUCUCGUUGAGCAGGAGAGGAAACUGGAUGAGCUGAUCCAAAGCUGUAGGCGGCAGGUUCUCCAGAUGUGUGACGACCAUCACAGUCAGAGGUUUGCUUAUUUGACAUAUGAGGAUGUUCAAAGGAUCCCCAGUCUGAAAGAACAGACUGUGAUUGUGAUCAGAGCCCCUGCAGACACAAAACUGGAGGUCCCACAUCCAGAGGAGAGCCUCCAAGUCCACCUCAGCAGCACCCAGGGACCCAUUGAGGUGUUUCUCUGCUCUGAUGAUCCCAUCCCCAUGGAAGCCACAGAUGCCACUGUGCCCAGUGCCAGCUACUUAAACUCGUCUGCCAAUGGGAAAGAUUCCAUCCCCUUUUCGCUUCCCUUCAUCCAGUUGUCUUCCAAAGACGAUGCUAACAAUUCUUCCGGAAUCAGUAAUAUCUCCAACCCGUUGUCCGAUCCAACACAGCAUUCAUCACCAGUUACUGUUACCCCCGUGUCACCCAUGCCCACCUCUCUUACCUCCCUCCAACCCCCCUCUGAAGACCAACAGAGCUUUGUCACCCUCACUCCACCCCUGGCCCUCUCUCUUGAUGGGGAGGAGUACCUCUUGAGCCUGGCAGAGGAUGAGGGCAUCACUGACCUCUUCUCCUCUGUUGACCUGGACCAAUUGCCCCAGGAUAUGCCCCUCCUCUGAAAACCCCUUUUGGAAAUUCAGUAAAUUUGGAGGGAAUGGAUAUCUUCACACGAACAGGAUAUUACGAGAAAUUCAAGUAAAAGAACAAAGACAAAACUCUUUUUUUUAUAGAUAUAUAUUUACAUUUGCCUAUCCUGGACAAUGUGACUGGGAUUCACUGACACUCAGGUAUGUGAAGGAGGAUGUAACCCAAAAACAUUAGAUUAGAGGGUUAUUCUAAUGACCAUAUACUUCUAAAUACCAAGUUAGAUCUUCUAACAGUGACUUCACAGUAUUUUGGACUUGGGCUGAUAGGCAUGUUGUCAGACAAAACUUUUCAAAUCUUUGAUCUGUUACACGUUUAGAUAUCCUUUUUCAAAGUCUAAGCUGUACUGUCUGGUCACAGGGCUUGUUCUCGACCUAAUAGCGUUAGUGUCCUAUGAUGUGUGAUGUGACUCAAAAGACAUCAUAAAUCAUAGUUUGUAUCGGAAAGGAAACCUUCACGACACAGCCGGUAGAGUUAGAUACCUGCUUGACAUGGUCUAAAGUCACUCCUGAGACUGCUGCUUAUGUUGGACUUGGGCAAAAGGUACAACUGUUGAUGGUGUUUGUGCACACUACAACUGUUUGUUUAAUAAUGCUGAGGUUUUUCUGCUAAUACCUGAUUUUAUGCCUAAGUUCCAGAGUCACUCAGCAACUGAAGAUACUAAUACAAAAUAACAUUCUGUGCCUCAUUCCAGAGGGUCAGUCCCUCAUCACCUUGCACUGAUGUGGAAAUAACCCACAUGCCUUGUGUUGCCUCCACUAGUUGGGAUACACUGAUCCGUUCCUUUUUCAUCAUACCUCGACUCAGGGUAUUGGCAGAUCCCUUAUUUAAAAUCUGUUUACCUCACAGCAUUGGAAUUCUUUUUAUCCAAGGUAAAAUGAGGCCUGGGAUUGCGGUAGCACUAAAAAAUUAGUUGGUGCCUCAGCAUGUCUGAGUAAUGUAAAUCAUAUUGGAUACACUGAAUUUCAUAAUGACACCAACUGACUUAAGUCACAGCUGAUACCUGAUUUUAAGAUAUUGGAUUGGUGUAUUCCUGUCUGCUACACAAGUGAAAUCACAGCAUAACAUCAGUCUCUGUCUGGCUUUUGGCUUAGUGGUUUUCUCAGGGCUCUAGCAACUUCUGCUAGAGGUCCAAUUUUAUAUAUUAAAGGCUGAUUCACUCAAGAUAUAUAUGUUGUUUUCCCAAGUUGUGUACCUUUUGAGUCUCCGAAUCAAUAGCAGUGCUUUAUUCAGAACAUUGUUGCAACUCUCACACAGCUUUCUAUUUUACUGGCAUACUUGCUCAGUUAUCAGUGCAGCCCAUCUUCUGCUUUUUCAGUGUUUAGAUGCAUGGAAUUGUUUAUUGACAACACACUGAGCCACAAAGAGCAUUGACUUGUCUGAGAAACCUUUAACUAUUCAAUACAGAAACCUGUCGCAUUGCAUAAAGUGUGGAACAUGCAAUGCAUGUCAGGUGAAUACAGCUCUCAUGGUGUUUAAUCAGGUAGGUGUAAUAUUAAGGGUGUGGAAAUGUAAACAGCUGUCUGUCAUCAACCUUAAAGAGUGAAGGGGCAUUUGAUGAAUGGAGUGACUUACUGUGAUACUGAACCUAUGCAUUUCUGCUUGAGUAUUUCUUAUGAGUGCAGAGGACUGGAUGCUACGAUAGAGACACUGUUUUUUAUUGGUGAGUUGUCAGAAAUGACAAGGUUGUUUUUCUUAGUAUUUGUCCUCAAAAUCGAGUUCAGACAGUGCCAAGCUGAAACAGUUCAAUCAUCAACAGAAAAUGAAUCUUUAACAGCUUUUGCAUUUGAUUGUUCAUUUAAAUCAUUUUUAAAGCAAAAAUGCCAAAUAUUUGCUGCUUCCAGCCUUUUACAGUAAACUGAAUAUCUUUGGAUUUUGGACUGUUGGCAGGACAAAACAAGACAAUGAAAAGAAAAUGUCACCUUGAGAUUUGGCACAUCUUAUAGACAAAAAAUAAAAAAAAUCAAAUCAUCAUCAUCAUCGUCAAAUAAUUGUUAGGUGCUGUCCUACCGCCAAAAUAUAAGCCACUCUGAAACACUGAAUGGCUAACAGCUGUUGAGAUGGAAGCUCAUUAUAGAAGAGUUUCAUCUGUUCCUUUGUGGUCUGAGUUUGUAAUCUAUACAUAGCUCUGAAGAACUAUACUGUUUGUGGUGGUUGGAGGAGUUGUGAGUAAUGAUACUUUCUUGAAAAUGAGACACAAAGGUCUGAUGCGGACUUGUUCUGAUGUUUGUUAACCUGCUGCUCAGUGCUUCAUGUCAUGGAUUUUUUAAAUUUACAAUAUGAUUUUUCCUUUGUUGACAACUAGAAUGUGUCAUUAGUACUAUGCACCACAGUUUUGCCUUACUCACAUUUGUACCUCGCAGACCUUGAGGGCUAAAUGGCUUUUAUCUGACUCAGUUUCUCAGUUCUGUACAUGUUCACUCACUGUUACUCAUCCCCAUAGUUCUUUGAUCAUUUCUGUCACUUUUACUUGCCCUCCAAAGCAUGUAUAACUGUUAAAUGUGCAGCUUUUUGAAAUAAUGACUUUUAAUCAGUUUGGGAAAUCAUGAAGCUAAUCCCUUAAAAAAUGAUCCAUUUAUGUUCUCAGUUGUUGAAGUUGCAGAUACAGUGUGAGCCUUUGUGUAUAUGUGUUUUUCCAUAAAGCCAAAUUUUCCACCACUCUCACAUUGCACUAUUAAUGUGUUAUCUGACCAUGCUACAAUGACCUCAAAACUGAAAUACUGUUUGGCCAGUUCUCAUUAACCCCUCUUUAUCUCUCUGAGAUACAGAUACCUUCUAUAUUAAGCUGUUUGUGUUCUCCAGUCUAUAGUAAAAGUCACAGUUUUGUGUGAUAAAAAGAUGUUUGAACAAUAUUUUCAAAAAACUAAUAAAAUGCGUGCUCGUUAACAAA